UCAAUUUAUUCUGAUUCGACCUAAUCUAUCGUAAUCGAUAGCCACUAACCCGCAUCUGUACCGGGACCGCCGUUCGCCGUUAAUCAGUGUAAUCCCAACGCCCUCCUUCCCAGAUACAUUCCCAAAAAGUGAACGGCAUCUUCCCAUCUAGUCCUCCUGGUGAUAGACCCCCUCCAAUUUGCAUCGUGUCGUGUGUCGUCGGCCAGCUCCCACCUUCUGGUCCGUGUACUCCAUGUCUGUGUUGUUGGCAGGGGAACAAUUAUAACCCAGCACUAAAAAAUAUUCCAAAUAAAAUUAACCUACCCAACUCCUGCUUCCCCGGGUAGGGCUUUGAGGCUGUAAGUGCACUAGAUAACUGUGGGUGAAACGGCACUUAGACGUAGAGAGACCGAAAGAGGGAUAGAGUGUGAGAGAGAGAAGAAAAUACUAAAAAACAAAAACGCGUAGCUGGCCGACUGCGCUGGUCAAUUAAUACCGCUCGCGUUAACCCAGAUUUUGUUCCGCCUCUUGCGGUUCCCUAAUACCAUCUUCUUCCUCAAAAAGUUAAGAAAACCUGUGAAAGCUGGAGAAGCUAGAGCAGUUUACAAAACUCUCCAAAAUGGAUCGAAAAGUGGAGUUAGAACGGAAGAAGGCCAAGCUACGGGCCCUGAGGGACGAGAAGGAUCGCCGGCGGAAGGAGAAGGAGCUAAAGGAUCUAGAGGAAGCAUCGGGGAAAGUAGGAAGCACAGAAUUCGGUCCCAGAAAGGACCUAGAUGACAUGCUUUCAUCGCUCGGCGUAGCUCCGGUAUCGGAGGUACUGUCGUCACUAUCCUCUGUCAACUCCUCACAAUGCUCUGCGUCUGACUAUACCGCAAUGACUACCCCUGAUACUAGCCUGCAGGUCAACGCCAAUGGAUCCAGCAGCGGUAAAAAGCCCGUCAAGUUGUCUCUGGUGACCGUGCAGGUGACCAACAUACCGCCGAAGGAAUCAGUCUCCUAUUCCAAACAGACACAAACCAACAGCUCUGGGGGUCUUCGCGAUGUUUUUUCUUGCCAUUCCUCACCUCUAUCAGGAUAUAUGGAGGAUUGGUGGAGACCCCGUAAAGCUCACGCAACCGACUAUUACGAUGAAUACAAUCUUAACCCCGGUUUAGAAUGGGAGGAUGAGUUUACAGUGCUUACUUUUGGCAACGGUCAAGGUGACGAUGAGGAAAGCUCGUUGACCCAUAUUGACCAUGGAUUCCACUCGAAGCUGCCGCCCGGCAUCCUGCCACACGGUUUACCGACGGUAAAGGAGGUUGCUCCAGCCAUUACGCCUCAGGAGCAAAAGAAAGAGGACACGAAAGAAGUGAAAGAACUGUCUGCCGAGCAGAAACAGAUGAUCAUGCUGUCGGAAGACUAUAAGAAGUUCGUAAUACGCGCCGGUAAGCUCAUGGAACGCGCCCUCUCGGAGACGGUGGACAUUUACACAGAUUAUAUCGGCGGUGGUGAGACGGACGACAUCAACGAUGAAAAAUCCCAGGCUCGGCUGUCGCUGAAUCGUACGUUCUACUGUGACCGUUGGUCGAAGAACCGCUGUGUUACCUCGUUCGACUGGUCAACGCACUAUCCCGAGUUGAUGAUCGCGUCGUAUCACAACAAUCCAGAGUCACCGAACGAACCAGACGGGGUAGUGGCUGUAUGGAAUACUAAAUUUAAAAAGCAAACGCCUGAGGAGGUGUUCCAUUGCCAGAGCGCAGUCCUAUCGUCUUGCUUUGCCCGGUUCCAUCCCAACCUAAUUCUUGGCGGCACAUACUCCGGCCAGAUCGUGCUGUGGGACAAUCGCGUACAAAAGCGAACGCCAAUCCAGCGAACACCUCUAAGCGCUGCUGCACAUACGCAACCUGUAUUCUGUCUCUCGAUGGUUGGCACACAGAACGCGCACAACGUUAUAUCGAUCAGCUCCGAUGGCAAACUGUGCUCGUGGAGUCUCGAUAUGCUGUCGCAGCCGCAGGAUGUACUGGAGCUGCAGCACCGGCAAUCAAAGCCUAUUUCGGUCUCCUGCAUGGCAUUCCCUCACAACGAAGUGAACAACUUCGUGGUGGGCAGUGAAGACGGCUAUGUGUUUUCGGCCAGUCGACACGGUAACCGUUCUGGUAUCGGUGAGACUUUCGAAAAUCAUCUCGGACCGGUUACUGGUAUCUCGGCGCAUCACAACCAAUCGUCACCCGACUUUGGCCAUCUGUUCCUCACCUCCUCGAUCGAUUGGACGAUUAAGCUGUGGAGUCUAAAGGAUAAUCGGCCGCUGUACUCGUUCGAAGACAACUCGGACUACGUGAUGGAUGUGGCGUGGUCGCCGAUUCACCCGGCCCUGUUUGCUGGUGUCGAUGCCAGCGGACGGCUCGAUCUGUGGAACCUCAACCAAGACACCGAGGUACCAACGGCGUCGGUGAUUGUGGACGGGCAGCCGGGACUGCACUGCGUAUCGUGGACACCGUCCGGCCUGCACGUGACGGUUGGUGAUGAUACGGGCCGUGUCUAUGUAUACGAUGUGGCAGAUAAUCUAGCGAAUCCUCGAAUGGACGAGUGGAACAAGCUUAGUGCAGUACUCAACGAGCUCAAGAUCAAUCAGACGGACGAGUUCGAGGAGAUCGACAAGAAGUCACCGGUGCCGCAAACACCCUCGCUCUCGUCGCUCACGAGCCCCCCGUCGCUCAUUUCAUCUCAUCGCUCACCCGCAACAGCAGGAACUGGUUCCUAAUAGUGAACUUCUGUUCAUUCGAUGCAGUGGGCAGCUAUAGAUAAGCAAGAGCGACAGCAUCUAGCUUAAAUCUAAAGUAGUCGAGUAUCAUUAGAGAGAAUCAUUUUCCUAAUGUAUCCCAAUGUACUUUCGGGGUUUUAGUCACUGUUUCCCCCGGAACAAGCGCAUGUAAUAUUUGGAAUGUAACUGUAGCGUCGGAAAAAAUUGCUUAGCAAUCGUAUCCCUUCAUGCCGGAAGACCAUGGAAAGAUAGCGCUCAGGUGUAACGUAUGUUUUAUCAUAACCAUGGCAGUGCAGUUUUGAGCUCUAAUAUACGAGUUAUCCCUCUUCCCAAGAGUUCGCAUUUAACGAUCCUACCAUCGGCUUUAGUGGUUGCUCUCAUUAACUCAGCAAGCAUAGUGAGCAUACAGCUAUGGUCCGUAAAAUAGCAACGCAGUACCGAUAUGCAAAAUUGCGUCCUGUGAAAUGAUUGUAAACGAGUACACGGCGCAAGUUGAAGUCCAUAUCCUGAUUGCGUAACCCUUUUACCGACCAUGGGCUGUAUAUUAGGUUCAAGCAGGUUGGUUGAUGGGGAUAAAUAUUGUUUCCGAAUAAUGCUGGAUGUAAUUAAUGCAAAAGAAAAAUAAUUUAAUCUGUGCUUAAAAUUA